GCUGAAAAUGGCCACGCAAGCGAGUGGAAUCAUAACAUUGCAUUUGAAGUCUCUGUCUUCGUCCUCCUGUCGUUCACUUCCAAGUGUUUAAACCGACCGUCUCCACUGACCAUGUUUCCAACUGUCAUCAAAGCGCAGCAUUAUUCCCGGAAACGUGAAAAAUGGUGUUGUAUUGAACAGAAAAGUGUUGCUGAUCGACGUGAAAGCUAACCGAGAGCAACAGGAAGAAGCUAACAAACGGCUGUGCGUCUGUGGAAAAUGACAAGAAGACGAGCAAAAGCAGCGAGACGGUUUGCAAACACCAUGUGACACACACACACGCACAGACGGACACACACACACACAGGCACAGACGGACACACACACCCGAGCAACACCCCCAGGGGUGGGUGCCCAAGAUGCCUCGUCUGGACCAGUUGGCCAACGUGGUCCUCCGGGUGCCGAGCAUCCUGCUCCUGGACCUGCUGUACAAAUGCGACGUGGAAGGCUUAACGGAGCACCUCAAGGCCAAAAACCAAGAGCUGCUCUUCAAGUACAAAUACGUCAUCUGGAACAUGUACUACUUUGGUCAUCUGCUAAACGCGGUGGUGUUGGUUUUGCCGUUGAGACACAUUGUGACGCUCUACCUCCACGUCCUCGCUGCUCUUCUGCUUUACAUGGGGCAUCAGAUUUCCAAGGACUACGUUCACGAGGAGCUGCAGUACGGUCACGAAGGAGCAGUGUACCUCGAUUCUGUGGCCUUCAACAGAUUUGUCUCUGCAAUGACGAGUCAGAUCAUUCUCAGCACGCUGUGUGCCUUCCUGAUGAAGACCAGGAAGGUGUGGCUGCUCUCUGCUCACGUGCUCCCCCUGCUGGCCAGACUCUGCGCCGCGCGCCACGCCACGCUGCUGGCCGUGAACACGUUCUCCGCCGGCCUGACCGCAGCAGGGAUCGCCCUGUUCCUCCUCUCGCAUCUCUUCGUGCCGUAUCGGCUGGCGAAGGCCGCUUACUCGGAGCUGCUGCAGCUGGAGGUGAUCGAGUUGUACAGACUUCUGGCCGUGGGAAUCUCGCUGUGGAACCAGUUUGCCGUCCCGGUGCUCUUCAGCGUCUUCUGGUGUGUUCUGUUCGUCGUCCAGCUCUGCUCAGACGCCAUGUCAGGAAAAACCUCUGCGGGCCAUCAGGGCGUCAUGUUGUUCCUGCUCACGAGUGUCUCCGAAUGUUGUGCCACUCCCUACUCCCUUCUGGGUUUGACCUUUGUGGUGUCCUAUCUCGCUCUUGGGCUGCUCAACCUCUGCAAGUUUUUCCUGGGAGGUUAUGCAGCGGUUCAGAGCGAGAACGUAAUGCACAGAGGCGUGACCGAGGGCGUCACCCUGCUGCUGCUCGCUCUCCAGACGGGGCUGCUGGACAUGCAGGCGCUGCAGCGCACCUUCCUCCUCAGCAUCAUCCUCUUCAUCGUGGGGACUUCAACUCUGCAGUCCAUGAUUGAAAUAACCGACCCGGUUAUUCUGGCCCUGGGCGCAUCGCGCAACAGGAGCGUGUGGAAACACUUCCGUGGCCUCAGCAUGUGCGUCUUCCUCCUGGUUUUUCCUGUGGUUAUGGCUUAUAAAAUCUCCCAGUUUUUCCACAUGGACUUCUGGCUCCUCAUACUGGUGUCCAGCUGCAUGCUGACGUCCCUUCAGGUUACGGGCACGAUGCUGAUCUACUGCCUCUUCAUGGUGGAGCUGUUCCGCAGCGACCCCAUCGAGAGCCUGGACGAAGUCAUCUACUGGGUCAACGCCGUCAGCAGGGUGCUGGAGUUCGUGGUGGCGCUCUGCGUGGUGGCGUACGGCACCUGGGAGUCUCUGUUCGGCGAGUGGAGCUGGAUGGGCGCCUCCGUCAUCAUCAUCCACUCGUACUUCAACGUUUGGCUCCGAGCCCAGUCGGGCUGGAGGAGCUUCCUGCUCAGACAGAAAGCGGCGAAGAAGAUCAGCUCGCUCCCCAGAGCCUCGGCCCGACAGCUGCAGCGGCACAACGACGUCUGCUCCAUCUGCUUCCAGGAAAUGACCGCCGCUGUGAUCACGUACUGCGGACAUUUCUUCCAUGGCAACUGCCUCCGCAAGUGGCUGUACGUGCAGGAGACCUGCCCCAUGUGCCACCAAACGGUCCGGCCCACGGCAACGGGUCAGGGCCCGGCUUCGGGCGACGCCCCGGCAGCUCAAACUCAGAGGGACGCCGGGACGCAUCAAGAGGCGGCUGAGGGUCGGGACAGCGGCGCGUCCCAGGAGACGCCCGAUGCCACCCAGCAGCAGGAGGAGACUACGAGCAGCGAAGAUCAGGACCAACCAGCUGACACUCUGAGCGAAGCCGGUCCAGGUCUUCGAUUGAGCUCCAGUGGAGACUUUGUGGGUCCAGUGUCGAGCUGCUCCUCGGGGGACAUUUCUAGUUCCCGUGUGCCGCCGGGUGAAGCCUCUGGUAACAUGCGCAGCGAGGGCGGUGGGCGGGACUCACCGCCCUCCUGGACAUGCGGGCCAACUGCGGACACAUGACGGACCGAUCUGACUCCAAUGGAGCGGAACUCGAAGUAGGCAGAACACGACCGCUGUGACAGCCCAUCUACAUCAUGGGAGAUCACAGACUAGUGAGUCAUGUAGAAUGAGCUUGUGGAUUGAUGAACUUUAGUUAGAACUCUUCGACUCACUCACUUGGACCUGGAGCUGAUGAGACCCACCUUCUCCUUCUCAGUGACUGCCUGCACCGGGGCCUUGGAAAGGGUGUGAAGGGGGGAUCCUCCAUGGCAGGGAAUCACAACACAUUUGUCCUUCUCUCUGUGAACCAAUGAAGGGAUGAACGUACCUCAUUUCAGCUAAUAAUAUGCAUCUAGGUUGAAAAUGCAGAGUAAAUGAUUCUUUUAUUGUCUGGCUUUGGAGAAGAAAAGAUAAAUAUAUCAUUUUAUAGAAAUUAUGUGAAACAAUAAGCAACUGUCAUGCAUUAAUAUUUAUCAAUCUAGCAGAUUACCAGUCAAGAAAUAUUAAAUCUUUUCAGACUUUCCUGUUGUACUCCUGUAUUGGAUUUUUGUGAAAGCAUUGUGGCAUAAUUUGUCUUUAUAAAUCAUAAUCUGCCCUUUU